AUGUCCUUGAGCCCAAAACACACAACGCCUUUCUCCGUGACAGAUAUUUUGAGCCCAAUUGAGGAGACGUACAAGAAGUUCGGUGGUAUGGAUAGCACAGGUAGCCUAACCUCCCCGCUUGGAGCUUAUCGACAACCGCAGGUUUCUCAAACGAGCAUGCAGCAGCACUCUGUGGGCCAUAACGCCGCGGUGGCGACCACCUACCACAUGCCACACAGCGUUUCCCAGUUCUCGCACAGUGCUAUGGGGGGAUAUUGCAAUGGGAGCAUUGGCAACAUGGGUGACCUGCCAUCUUAUCAGGAAACCAUGAGAAACAGCGCAGCAGCAACGGGCUGGUACGGCACAAACCCCGACCCAAGAUAUUCAACAAUUUCCAGAUUCAUGGGACCAUCAACCGGAAUGAAUAUGACGGGAAUGGGUACGUUGACAGGAAUGGACGCCACAAAAUCCAUGGUAACACUGCACGCUGCGCCCCGGAGAAAACGGAGAGUUCUCUUCUCACAGGCCCAGGUUUAUGAGCUUGAGAGGAGAUUUAAACAACAGAAAUAUCUUUCUGCGCCUGAAAGGGAGCACUUGGCGAGUAUGAUUCACCUAACUCCUACUCAAGUUAAGAUCUGGUUCCAAAACCACAGAUACAAAAUGAAGCGGCAGGCCAAGGACAAAGUUUCGCAGCAGCUUCAACAGGAUAACGGCAACUUGUGCCAGCAGCAACAGUCGCCGAGGCGCGUAGCCGUUCCGGUUCUAGUUAAAGACGGUAAACCGUGUCAGAACGGCUCCAGCACACCGACGCCGCCACAACAGCAUGCCCAUCUUCAUCACCAGCAGCAAAACGGUUCUGCAGGAGUGAUCCCAGCUCCAAGCAAUACGAUUAACCAACAUCAAAACCAACAAGUAAAUACUUUAACCCAGGCCCAAGAACAGGAAGAAAUGUCACCCAGUCCCCCUUCUCUACACAGCCAGAUGGGCGCCAUGGCACAGAUCGACACGUCCGUCAUAGAUUACACCGGUAAUAUGGUCAACGCAAACCUGCUCUAUAGCAGAGCAUGGUAG